AUGGCGUCGCUCUCUGUGCCCUUCUCGGACUGUGUCAUCCGGGGAUCCCUGCUCCCGCGUCGCCGGUUGAGUCCCUGUCCAGCGGGGGUGGCAUCUCUCCCCGCAUUCUUGCGUGAGAAAAGGUCAUUUCUUCUUCUGCCCAGAACUGGUCGAACUGAUGCUAAGAUCCUGCGGUGCUCAUAUUUAUAUUUUUCAACGCAUUUUAUUUGAUUAUUCGUUGAUGGCCGUUGUUUCCUUUCUAUCUUACUUUUGCCAUAGUCAUUGAAUAUCUCGUACCAGUCACAUCCUCGAGCGUGUCUUCCGCGUCACUCCUUGGUAAACACAUUUCUGUGGUAGAAUAAAUAGAUAUGCUGCGGUUGCACUAUUGAAACAGCGUAAGGUCACUUGAUUCAGUUUCUUCCUUUGCACGAAGAGCGCUGUGUAUGAUUCCGUGUAGAAGAGUCCAACGAAAUCAACGAAGUGCUAUGAUGAACCGUAAUAGAGGGACGUCUCGUACUGUUCAUGUUUGACUACGUACUGCUCCAUGUCUCUGCGCUGAAGUCGCACGGAACCAAGUUCUCGCAGUUUCCUCGAUGCUUUUAGAAGUACAUUGAAUAACUUUUUGAGCUAGUGGAUCCCACAGCUAUUGUGAUACAAUCUAAACCUAGUUUAGUUCCACCAUCAUUCGCAAUGAAGAGUUAUCCUUCAUUUGAACCUGCACCCGAUUUGGUGACCUGGAGUUAUGCAUAUGCUUGUCAUCUCAUUGUCUACGGACAAAUAUUACGAGGGAAAUAAGUCAUUCCGAUAUUAUGAUCUCUCCAUGUGUUGUCUUGUGUACGCUCAGGAUCCAGUAAUGCAAAUAAUAUUUAAAAUAUUCAAAAAUAAGUUAAAAGUUUGCCAUUUAAUAAUUUUUGAUAGUCUGAUUUGAAGGACUGAAAGGGAAUGAAUGAACUGCAAUAGGUGCCACUCUAGGUCCACGCUUCCAUAGUGAAGGAGGACUUUCACAGUCUAUUUACACGACGAAUUCAAAUAAAAGUUUCUGAAUCUAGGGAUAGAAGUUUAAUAUUAAACGAUGUGAUCAAAUUGAUGCAAAGGAAUGAAGGCAUAUUGAUGAACUACUUUGUCUGGCACUCUGGGUCCAAGCAUCCCUGGCUAGGGUGGACCCAAAGAGUUGUUUAUUUGAAGACGAAACUAUUCUGGUCCAGAGAGUGGAUACCACCUAGAUGACGUUUUGAAAGAAUAGGGCACAUGGAAUACGCAUAGCUUGCAGGAUUUAUUUUUAGAAAUCAGUUUUUUUUUCAGGUUUUGAUACUUGAAUCUUCUUUUCUCAGAAUAGGUUAUGUUUUCAAGAGGUCAAGAAAGGAGUCAUCAAGUAAUGUCUCAAACAACCACAUCUUUGCUUCUGUUGCAGGUAUUUAAUUUAUAUCUAUAUUUUUAUUUUUUCUGAUGAAACUCAGGGUGAAGUUUUUAUUAGUUAUCACAUGACACUAAAUGGAACUAUCAAUAAAUUCUAAUACUUACAUUCUAUCCUUAUGGGCCCUAUUUAUAUCAGACGUUUCCUUGGAGCAAUCUUUAGAUGACGUGCAUCUUCCCAAAGGUGAAAUGUGGUCUGUUCAUAAGUUUGGAGGGACGUGCAUGGGCACUUCAAGGAGAAUUCAGAGUGUUGCAGACAUAGUUACGAAUGAUUCUUCAGAAAGAAAGUUGGUGGUUGUUUCUGCCAUGUCUAAAGUGACAGACAUGAUGUACAACCUUGUUGAUAAGGCACAAUCGAGGGAUGAUACCUACAUGUCUGCAUUGGACGAUGUUUAUGAAAAGCACAUGCUGACAGCAAAGGAUCUUCUUGAUGGGGACGAGCUUGUGCAAUUCUUAUCCCAGUUACAUCAUGAUAUCAGUAACCUGAAAGCAAUGUUACGUGCCAUUUACAUAGGUAAAGACUGUUUUCCUUAUUUUUCAAGAAUUGAUGAUUUUUUUGUUGUAGAAUUUCAAUCUGGCUCUGUUAUAUCUUUUUGGAGUAACGUUGCAUACCAGAAAAUUAUUCAUAUUUCCUUUUUUAUGUAUCUGUUUGCAGCAUUCUCAUCCAGUUGCUUGUCUUUUAUAUCUGAUUACCAUGUAUUUGAUUAAAUAAGGAUGCUCUAUUAGUAAAUGAUUUUAUUGGCUUGGUAUUGCUUGGUUCGUGGAUCCCUGUGUUCAGGAGAGUACUUCUACAGAAGAAGGUAGAGAGACAAGACAGCUCUUUGUGAUGAUAGAGGCAAACAAUAAUGGAAGAUGGGGACGGCGUGUGGUGAUAGAAUGGUGAAAAUUAUUUUCUAAAUUAUUGUAGUGGUGACCAUUUUUCAUACUUCUCUCCAAGAAGGUUAAAAUCUUACCAAUGAGUUUGACGAAGCUGAGAUUGGCUAUUCAUGAUAUGUUGACCGUGUUCCUUUUUUAUUUUUGUGGCACUAUUUAUUUUCAUGGCACAGAAUCAGAGACUGUUGAAUAUGUGUUUUUCUCUUUUCUUUCUUGAAGUACAUUUUGGCCAAGGGUCAUAAUAAUGGAUCCACUUGCUGGAAGAGACAGUGGUCGUUGGCUGAAUUUCUUGCUGAUCAUAUUUCAUGGAGAUCUAUGGCUUGCUUCAUUUGGUAGAAACAACAUAACUUUCCUUACGAGCUCAAAACGGUUUUCCCCUGUAACUCAAGAAACCUAGAGACUCAUUUGUGUGUAUUGUGGAUUUUGGGCAUUUAUGGGAAGUGUCUGAAACAUUCUAUGGGCGCUUAUACUGUCUUGUGCUGGGUGCAGUCUGUUGUAAUGUACUUCGGGGAAACCUUAAAAGCCUUGCGUUCAUUUUUUGGUGGUUAAUAAUGUAUAGCCGUUAGGGUCUCUGGUAUAAGUGUCAUAUAUACCUGUACAUGUUACACAUGCUGUACAUAUAUCAAUUAUUAUUUGCUGCGUACUAUCCUUUUUAUGUGAAGAGAAUAACCUAUUAUUUGUUGCUUUCGUCAAUAUAUCUCCCGGUGUUAUUCUUCUAAAUUCUUGAACACCUGAGCUGUAUACUUAAGGAGCUUGUUGUGCUCUCCGGUCACAAGAGUAUAAACGUUAGGAAAUAGCUUGAUGAAGAAAAAUUAUCAUAUUUUUUCCUCCCUAAUUGUGGCUCUUGCACCCUUUUUCUGCUUAAUUAUCUAUUUUAGUGAGAUAAAACAAACCACAUGUGUUGCUGCUAUCUUCUUUGUAUCUUUUAGUAACAUAAAUCUAACUUCGCUAAUUUUUUUCUCCCUUGACACUUUUGUGAUUUAUUUUCAAAUUUGUCAUCCUUUUUUACAUAUUUUCUAUGUUGUGCAAUUUUAGUUAAUUUCUAACUGAAACGAAUAAUAUGUUGCAGCUGGGCAUGCCACAGAAUCAUUCUCAGAUUUUGUUGUUGGUCAUGGAGAGUUGUGGUCGGCUCAAAUGUUGUCAUCUGUCAUAAAAAAGGUUUGUAGGUUGCACGACGUCUAUGUUUCUCUAUUUUAUGUUAUUUGAAGACCUCUAAGUUUAAAGUUUGCGUUGUAGUCUGGAAAGGACUGCACUUGGAUGGACACGAGGGAUGUCCUCAUUGUCAAUCCUACUGGUUCCAAUCAAGUUGAUCCUGAUUACAUAGAAUCAGAGAAAAGACUCGAAAAAUGGUUCGAACAAAAUUCAGCGGGCACAAUUAUUGCGACAGGUUUCAUUGCAAGUACUCCUCAGAACAUUCCAACGACUUUGAAAAGGGAUGGUAGCGAUUUCUCUGCUGCCAUCAUGGGUGCUCUUCUUAGGGCUCAUCAAGUUACAAUUUGGACCGAUGUUGAUGGUGUGUACAGUGCAGACCCCAGAAAAGGUAAAUACCAGUAAAUAUUUCUUAUGACACAUGGAAAAAGCACACGUGCAUAUUAACUGCAUUUAAUUCACGUGAUUGAUAAAUUUUAUAUUCCUAAGGUAUUAGCACUUUGUGUAUACGUGUGGAUUAGUGUUAAAGUUGCUUUCAAAUCUGUAAAUUUGCAUUACAUGUUGGAAAAUUUAUAUUACCUUUUUUGCAGUUAGUGAGGCCGUGAUAUUGAAUUCAUUGUCUUAUCAAGAGGCCUGGGAAAUGGUGAUCAUGCUCGACAAUGUUUAUUUAUAAGUUGCUAUAGUCCUGUCUGGAAGAAAUGUGCUAAAUAUGUUACUCUACCACACUUGCAGUCCUAUUUUGGGGCAAACGUCUUGCAUCCACGUACUAUUAUUCCAGUGAUGCGAUAUAACAUUCCCAUCAUAAUAAGGAAUGUUUUCAAUCUCGCUGCCCCUGGAACAAUGAUCUGCCAGCGAGCAGUGAAUGACAAUGCAGAGGGGCAUAAUUUGGAGUCUUUUGUAAGAGCAUUCGCCACAAUAGAUAACGUGGCCCUCGUCAAUGUGGAGGGGUAUAACGACUCAUUUAAGUCCUCACUCGUUCACUGAAUUUUCGCAUCGUUUUCCCUUCGUUUGUCUAAAUAUUGGAAAAAAUAUGCUUUGCCCAGAACUGGGAUGGCUGGCGUGCCUGGUACAGCCAGUGCAAUUUUCAGUGCUGUGAAAGAUGUGGGAGCGAAUGUCAUUAUGAUAUCUCAGGUAGCUUAAUACCACGUGCUCUUCUUUUUUGGCGUGCAUCUCUUGACAAUGUUUUAAAGUUGGUAUUAUUUUAUUCAGGCUAGCAGCGAACACUCCGUAUGUUUUGCAGUCCCAGACAAUGAGGUGAAGGCAGUUGCAGAUGCGUUAAAAUCCCGAUUUUCCCAGGCUCUGGCAGCUGGUCGUCUUUCUCAAGUAUGCUCUGCCAAAUUUUGAUCUGGCGCUAUGAUGUUUAUUUCUUUUGCUGCUUAAGUGGAGCAAAGCUGUCAUUCUCAAAACUAGAAAAUUAAUAGCUUUCAUUCGUCUGCAAGCCUCCAGCAGUUACAGAUGAUGUCGAAAAAAAGUUCAUGAGAAGAAUUAUGUGAGGAGUCAGAUAGAAGACACUUAGAUAAUGUUGUCAAGGAAAAUUUGUGUUCUAUGAAUGCCCAACUGCGGCAUCAGUAGUCAACAUUUGCCUUGAUUAUCUUAUCUUUUUUUCUCCUAGUCUAAUGUGCAGCUGACUAUGGCUGUCUCCUCAGUAUGCUGCUAAAAUUCCUAGGCCAAGUGGCCAGUCGAUUCUCUUCUUUCUUUCCUUUCAUGAAACAUGUCAUGCAGUUGCAGUUCAUUCAGUGCUAUUUCAGUCCCAUUUUGUGAUGUGCUAUUAGGAGGUGGAGGUAAAUAUAACAGAGUGUGCGCUAAGAUUCCAAGUGAAAUUCAUACUAGUUUUUUCGCUUCUGAUUACGUUGCUGCCACUUCUCGUUUAUUCACAUCUUAAUCAUUUUAUUCAACUUUUAGUCUCUAUAUUUCUUUAGCUUCUCCAUUUAUCUCCAUGGUGAUAUUCCGUUAACAAUUUUUUUUUAUAAAGUUCCUCAUCUAGUUGAAAAAACCUUUUUUUUUUGCGAAAGGCAUUGGAAAGGUGACUUAAUUAUUGAAAUAAACCAGAUCUUAGUGUUUUUAUUGUUACAAACGCUUGCCUUAAAUUGUUUGAUGCAAGUAUGAUUUCUUCGGUAAUUUGUUGGAUGAAAUUUAUUUAUGUACGAGGGCUUUGUUGUUAAUGGCACUGUGUUAAUUACUUCUUUCCAUUUACCACUACAACUCUUCACAGGUUGAGGUAAUCCCAAAUUGCAGCAUUUUGGCUGCUGUUGGCCAGAAAAUGGCAAGUACCCCAGGUGUUAGUGCCACUCUUUUUGAUGCAUUAGCAAAGGUAUUAGCAUCAUUCUUCCUGAGCUCAGAGCAUGCUAAAUUCAACUAUUUCCAUUCCUUGAUUUUGUGUGCAUUAAUGUUGAGCGUCGUGCAUUAUUACUAUUCAGGCUAAUAUAAAUGUACGAGCUAUAGCUCAAGGUUGCACGGAGUACAACAUUACUGUGGUGCUGAAGGGUGAGGAUCGGAUUAGGGCUCUACGGGCUGUUCACUCAAGAUUUUAUCUCUCAAAGACGACAAUAGCGGUGGGGAUUAUUGGACCAGGAUUGAUUGGUGGUACACUCCUUGACCAACUUCGGGAUCAGGUGCAAUGCUAGGUUCCUUUGGUUUAUAUUAUUUGUUUCCUCUGCUUUUGUGGCUCCUCAUUAUUAUUUUGUUUGAAAACUCCAAAUAUGAAGUUCCUUCACGGUUUUGUAACCGUUUUAUAUGGUUGGAGAAGAAAAUAUUGCAGAACUUUCUUGUCUCGCAACUCAAUACUUUUGUGCUGGCUAAGACUCAUGAUUCGUUGUCCAUCAAGUUUCUACUCAUCUUACUUGGCAGUGUUUUCUUCAGCUAUGCAGAAGGCAGAGUAAUCACAAUAUUACACUCUUUGCAUCUCCCGCCAAGACUAAUGGAUCUUAAAUGAAUGCAUAUGGAAAACAUAGGUUUUAUAAUUAGGAUCUCUUUUCUUGCACUUGUUUACUCCUUGAAUUACAUCCUUAAAAAGGGUGCCGUCUGGAAAUUAACUUGGUUUUAUUAAACAUUCACACGACAUUGUAUUGUAUCGAGUGAAUGGCUUUAUGAUACAAAUGAGAAAAAAGCGCAAACUCCGAAUGACUUGUAGGUUGCUGUAUUUUUUUUAGAAGUCCGCAUCUGUGUCAAAUCAUCCCAUCUGGCUUGAAUGAGAUGCUGAGAGAAGCCAUCUAAUCCAUGAGCCCUUACUCACAAAUUGUGGUAAUGAGGUUUAGCUGAUACAAUAAGGGUUGAAACAAAUUCGGUAUGAUCGUAAUGGUAGACAGGUUGAAUACAGGAAUAUCAGCACACAUCUGCUAGUGCAUGCCCUUGUAGUUGAUUGCAGAUUUAGGAAUUAUUUUCAAGUUAGUUUUUCCUUCUAGAGUCCUGGUUGCAUAUUUUUAUUUCCUUUUGUGAGUUACAGUUUAUAUUGCUCAAUAUAUUACGUUUUUUAAUCCUACGGGGGACUUUUUGGAGGGAAUUUGGAGUUUCUUCUUGCCCAUAUUUAUGGAGACCGGAUGUUCCCACCUCCAGGGCUUCCGGUGCUAUCUCUCGCUUAAGAGAAAAAUUGUCCUCUGUUUUACUUUGGAUUCUCUAUAGCAAAAACCAAAAGUUGCCAUUGGUCAUUUUUAAAGUUCCAGCAGGUUUUUUUAUUCUGCUUUGCAUGAACGAUGAGGAUGAUCUCGGAAGUGUAUUUUUACGAAAUGAAUGAAGAAAAUUAAUAAUAUUUUAGAGAAUGUUGUCAGGAGUGAACAACACACUGGCAGAUGGUGGAUAUUCCGUCUAAUCUUGGAAAAUGUUCGGUUAGUUUUCUAUAAAAGGGUACAUUUCUUUUGAAUGAAGAUAAUCUCCCUUUAGAUGAAUUUGUAAAAUAAUCAGAAGAGGAAAAAUAAUAAAUGGGAAUUAAUGGUGGGGAAUUUUUUUAAAAUAACAUUAGAAUGAAGCAUCUUCUUUUGACCCAGUCCACAACCCAAAAAAUUAAAUGAGAAACCAUGGCCAGCAUAGCAGGACAUUUCUGUUGAUCUCAUUUGCUAGUUGUGUACGAGGAUGACAACUAUAAUAUUAUUUCCUUCUGCACGUGAUUCUUGGAUACAUCUCAAUUCUGCAUAGACACCUGGAAGUGUGAAAAUUUCUGCACCUCGUUUUAUCGGGAAUUGAUUCCUGCUAUAUGGUUGUUACUUGGUCACUGAAUGACAGACGUGAUAACCUAUUCUCUCUGUACUGUUUUACUCAUGUUGGCUGUCAACUAAUUUUGUGAAGACAACACUAUAGUUUUAGACUUUUGUCUUUGAAAUUUUCCUUUAACUAAGCCAUUACCUUGCAGAGCUCCAAAAAAGUGUUCCCUUCACUAAAGUGAUUUAAACGAUUUUUCUGACAGACGGGAGUUCUUAAGGAGGAAUUUAAUAUUGAUUUGCGCGUCAUGGGAAUUGCGGGGUCUAGAAAGAUGGUUUUGAGCAACACGUAAGCUGUCCUUUUUUUACUCUGAUUUGCAUUGUGCAACUGCAUGCACCAUUUCCACAUAUGUUGAUCACUCGAAGUUUGUCAUUUCUGCCCUCUGUACCCUUUUGCUUAAGAUGCGGCUAAAUGUAUUUUGGCCUCAUAGUAUUAACGAUGCCAUUCUCUUCUGGCUUUGGUUCCCAUUAGGCAUAGGUUCUCUUGCUCUGACAAUGCUUAUGAGAUUCACCGUAUUUAAUCUUUAAAACAUGUUCUUUAAUGCAUAAUUUAAAAAGAGUAUGCUCAUUUUGGUGCAACCUUCAGUUUUUUUAUGUCUAGUGGAAAGGUUUUUUUUUCUAGGUCGUACAUACCUUAAUGAAAUCAAUAAAUUAUGUAUAUGUUGGCCUGCAUAACUUAUCCUGGAUCUGUGCAUUCGUUGCCAUUCGUUACCAUUUGCUUAAGUUGUGAGAUGUGUGAGCAUCCAUGCCAUAUCCAUUUUUUCCGCUCUUCAUGAAAAGCUUGAGAGUUACAGAUUUUUCUAGGUUUGUCUAUUCCUUGUGUGCCUUUCCUUAUGUACGCUUGGAAGUGCCUUUCCUCAAAACUGUGUUUAAUGCCUUGAAUGAUUCCUGCAUUCCAAAUGCACAGAAGUCGAAGAGAACUUUUUAAGCCCAGGUAGCUCAGUCUUAUGGUACAAAUCGUUGUACUUCCAUCGAGAUUAGUAACUUAAGUUGUAACCUUUUGCCACUAUAUGCGUUUUCCUUCCCUUGUGUGUACAAACAGCUCUCUAAAUUUUUCUUCAAUCUGUAAUUAAUUUCUUCAAAUUAGCAGUGAAGUAUGUUGGUAUCUUGCGCUACGUGUGAUUUGUUUCGCUGUCAUUGAUGUAUUCUAAAGGACAUUGUUUUUAGGGCAUUUCUGAAAUUUUAACACAGAUGAGAUAUCAUUUUGUUUAAUUUUGAUGGUUUCAUGUAGGGGAUUAGACUUGACAAGAUGGAGAGAACUCCAAAACGAGAAGGCAGAAGAGGCCAACUUGGAAAAAUUUUCACAGCAUGUUCAUGGAAAUGAAUUCAUCCCAAACACUGUCUUCAUAGACUGUACUGCGGACACUGGUAUUGCAAACCACUACUAUGAUUGGUUACGCAAGGGAAUCCAUGUAAUUACGCCAAACAAGAAGGCCAAUUCAGGACCUCUUGAUCGGGUGGGCAUUUCUUGUGCUAAACUGAGUCAACUGUUUUCCAGUUUUCUGAUGACUAUUUGCCUUUUGAGUUUUCCAAGUAUACAUGCAUAACGAGGGACAGUGACUAGCAAAAGGGAACAAGACCCCCAAAGAUCCCCUAUGUAUAUCGAAUAGUUUGUUACUUCAUUCCAUUUACUUAUGCUAACUCAUGCCAAGAUUUCAUUGUGAACGUGUUUUUCGUCGCAUAUUUCACCUAUUUGCAUAAUUAUGUUGACGACCUUGCUGGCAUUUGGUUGCUCUUAUAUUCAUGGGGCUAUAUCUGAUCUCCAAAUGACUCUCUCGUCUUGCCUUCUAUAUGUGUGAUUAUUUCUCAGUUUUAAAAAGGUGUCUGAUAUUUUUCAUAUUCGGUUGUCUGACCUCUUUCCAUUAAGUUCACUUAUCUAUUUAACUUGUGCUCCGAUCUCAUUUUCGCGUUCUGUUUUUAUCAGUAUUGGAACUUUGGCUUACUUUCGCCAAACUGAACGGAAAAAGUAUAGUAUGUAGCUGAAUCAGCUAAAAAACAGAAAAAUCUCUCUCAUAAAUUUUGUCUGCUCAUCUCGCUAGACGCUGACCAAGUGUUUGGAGACGGACUAUUGCUAAAUAUUCUUUCUAUCGUUAAAUCAAUCCAUGGCAUCAGGGUAGAAUGGAAGGCAUCUCAAUCUUCGUUGGUUUGAAAGUUUUCCAAAUUAAUCUGUAUAAGAACCAGCUGAUGACAUGCGCUUUUGACCAAGUGCUGUAUUGGUGACUACUAACGUGUGCGCACCGAACGCAGUAUCUGAAGCUGCGCGCGCUGCAACGGCGGUCUUACACUCAUUAUUUCUAUGAGGCAACAGUUGGGGCUGGUCUCCCAAUUAUCAGCACCUUGCGAGGUCUCCUUGAAACUGGUGAUAAGAUUCUACAGAUUGAGGGGAUUUUCAGGUUAGAUAUUUGCAUAGGCGAGAAAAUCGGCUCCUAUCACUAAUUUUCAGAUUUCAUUGUAGAGUUUCUAUCCUCCUUGGCAUAUGUUUGAAUAUCUCCGUCAGUCCCUAGAUUAUUUAUAGAACCAAUAGUCCUGCCGCUUUCACAUACUCCUUCCAUAGUCUUUCUGAUUAUUUCUUUUCUUUGGUUAAGUGGAACAUUGAGUUACAUCUUCAACAACUUUGCGGGAGAGCGAUCUUUCAGUGCUGUGGUUGCUGAAGCAAAGCAGUCCGGCUUCACUGAGCCGGAUCCAAGAGAUGAUCUAUCUGGAACUGAUGUUGCCAGAAAAGUAAGUCUUUCUCCGAUUGCUGCGCUUCCUCUUUUGUGUUGCCCUGUCGCUCCAGCCUAUUUCUCGACACCCUCUUUCAGUUCUUAGGCACCCAAUGCCCAGAUGACAAUAGAGCUUCUGCAUCAUUCAGCUCCGUCAUUUAAGGAAAAUGCACGUUUGAUUCGCAUGCCAAUUAAGAUAGCACCAACUCUUCCUCUCCCAGGUCAUAAUCCUCGCGAGGGAGUCUGGUCUGAAGCUGGAACUUUCCGACAUACCUGUGGAAAACCUUGUCCCAGAAGAGUUGAGGGUGAGCAUCGCCUAAAACAUUUCCAUAAAAAGUUGAAAGGGUGACUCUCUGAUUCCAAUCUAUGGUGAUGCCCCCGCAGUCAAGUGCAUCGGCUGAGGAAUUCAUGAUCCAGCUCCCAGAUUUCGACGAAGAACUGUCAAAGAAACGGAUUGAAGCCGAGGCUGCAGGCGAGGUACCGCUGUUUAUUUUUAUCCACCCCCUCCCUUUCGCCGCUUCGACUUUCUUAGCGUCUUUUCGCCUGCAUCAACCUCUUCCUGUCUCUGGGGCGCUUAAUUUCCCAGGUGUUGAGGUAUGUUGGCGUUGUGGAGGUGAGCAACGCAAGGGGCAGAGUGGAGCUGAGAAGAUACAAGAAGAGCCAUCCCUUCGCGCAGCUCUCGGGAUCCGACAACAUCAUCGCGUUCACUACGAUGAGAUAUAAGGAUCAACCGUUGAUCGUCCGUGGCCCCGGAGCAGGCGCCCAGGUGACUGCAGGUGGCAUCUUUAGCGAUCUCCUGCGGCUGGCCUCCUAUCUUGGAGCUCCCUCGUAG